ACAUUUUCCUAAAACGCUUAACGUUACUAUAUGGGUAUCAGGGAUGCAGGUUACAGCAUUGUUCAAUUCAUCUGAACCAUAUCAUUUAAAACUAGCUUCUUGCUGUUUUUGAUGACUCAUUGUAAAAAUGAACAUGUGGUAAAUUUUCUGGUAUUAAGUCUCCUUACCUGGUAAAGUAAUAUGAGUGACAGAGUUGAUUGCCAACACCUGCGCGUAUUGAUCAGCGGCGGCACGUGUGUGGCCCUGUUGACCUCGAGCUCUCAGUGGAGAGUCUCUCCUAAGUUUUGCUUGGUUUCGUUGUUUACAAUGGAAAAACAAAUGCUGAUGUCAGCCGUGCUUCGCUAUUUUCGCAUGGUUGUCUUACUGCUGCUGGUCAGCUGCAGCUGGCCGUUGUUUAGAUCACCUCUGGCAGUCUCCAAUGCGCUGCACAACCUGGGCGACUUCACGUACCCUUACGGCAGCAUCUUCUCUCCGCUGCUCAAAGCCCUGUCAGAGCACGGAGGGUCGGGGUGGAAUACAGGACUGAAGAGAAAGAUGAAACCCGAGCAGAGGUACAUGAAAUAUCUGACGCAGGUUUACAAGAAGUCCUCCAGAGUGCAGAGGAGUUUGGACGGGAUUACGAUCUACAACACGGUCCGACUGAUCAAGCCUCAAGAUGAAUGUCUUGCACAAACUCAUAAAGAGAGUUUUAUGCAGGAUCUGUCCUACAGCCUUGAUCAAGUAAGAAGAAAAGAACAGCUUCUGAAGUCGGCCUUGCUGUACAAUUUCAACCAUGACCGUGCAGCACCUGUCAACUCCGUGUGUUACCUGAGUGUCAAGGAGCAGGAGCAUUCAAACCAGUGUCAGCUGUGUCCUGAGGUCCACCACACUGUGAACUUCACAGCCAGCACAAACAAGAGUUGCAGGAGGAAAUGGGUGGAGGUUGACAUCACCUCGUUUCUCCAGCCUCUCUUAAAAUUUCAGAAGAAGAAUAUACACCUGCUCAUCAACGUAACCUGCCCAGAGGAACAAAGAGCCAGUGGUAAUAGGCGCAAAGGCCCACUGCAGUUCACCUUGAGCUCCCCUCCGCUGCUUCUUUAUCUCAAUGAUACCAGCAAAGUUGUCCACCAGAGGUUACUGGUCAACGCCAGAGCAGGUCAAGGGCCGGCCACUGCAGUGAAUGCGUUUCACAAGAGGGUUUUCAAACCAGAACAGAGAACUGGGCAAAAUAGGAGAUUAAAGAGGGAAUCUUCAAAGAGCAAACGAGGGGAUAAAAGUCUGGAUAUCCACCUGCCUGAGCUUCUGUCGAGCUCUGAAUUCCCAACAAGUGACUGUGCUUUAUAUGACUUCAGGGUGCGAUUCAACCAGCUCAAACUGGAUCACUGGAUUGUUUUUCCACCAAAGUACAACCCCAGGUACUGCAGAGGCAUCUGCCCGAGGACCAUGGGCUUCAUCUACGGUUCACCUGUCCACACCAUGGUGCAAAACAUCAUCUAUGAGAAGCUUGACUCCUCUGUGCCCAGGCCCUCCUGUAUUCCCUCCCAUUACAGCCCCCUGAGUGUCAUGAUCUUUGAAGAGGACGGUUCCUAUGUCUACAAGGAGUUUGAAGACAUGGUUGCCACCAGGUGCACAUGUCGCUAAGCCAGCUACCAACAUGUCUUUUCUUCUUUCUUUCUUUCUUUUUCUACGGGCUGAAUAGAACAUCAACACAAACCUCUUCAACAGCCAUCACAGAUCAGCUGGUGAACAUGGGCCGCCACUUCGGAGACCUGGCCAAGGUCAGGCAUAUAAUCACAUACAGUCUGUCCCCCUUUGAGCAGAGGGCUUUCCCCAACUAUUUCUCCAAGGGAAUUCCCAAUGUGUGGAGACG